AGAAGAUGCUGUUUGCUCGCUCAGUCGUGUCUGACUCUGUGACCCCGUGGACUGCAGCACGCCAGGCAGGAGAUAGGAGGACUCGGGCAAGACUCCGGGAAUGUCCGUGCCGAAGAAUUGCUUCGGGUACCCCUUGAGCAUCUUCUUCAUCGUGGUCAAUGAGUUCUGCGAAAGGUUCUCUUACUAUGGAAUGAGAGCACUCCUGAUCCUGUACUUCCAACGUUUCCUGGGCUGGAACGACAACCUGGGCACCGCCAUCUACCACACGUUCGUCGCCCUGUGCUACCUGACGCCCAUCCUCGGGGCUCUCAUUGCCGACUCCUGGCUGGGGAAGUUCAAGACGAUCGUGUCGCUGUCCAUCGUCUACACCAUUGGGCAGGUAGUCAUUGCUGUGAGCUCAAUUAAUGAUCUCACGGACUUCAACCAUGAUGGAACCCCGGACAGUAUUUCUGUGCACGUGGCGCUCUCCAUGAUUGGCCUGGUCCUGAUCGCUCUGGGUACUGGAGGGAUAAAGCCUUGUGUGUCUGCAUUUGGCGGAGAUCAGUUUGAAGAGGGCCAGGAAAAGCAAAGGAACAGAUUUUUUUCCAUCUUUUAUUUGGCCAUUAAUGCUGGAAGUUUGCUUUCUACUAUCAUCACCCCCAUGCUCAGAGUUCAAGUAUGCGGAAUUCACAGUAAGCAAGCUUGUUACCCCCUGGCCUUUGGGGUUCCUGCUGCACUCAUGGCCGUCUCUCUGAUCGUGUUUGUCAUUGGCAGUGGAAUGUACAAGAAGUUCAAGCCCCAGGGGAACAUCAUGUCUAAAGUCGCCAAGUGCAUUGGGUUUGCCAUCAAAAACAGGAUUAGGCAUCGGAGUAAGAAAUUUCCUAAGAGGGAGCACUGGCUGGACUGGGCUAGUGAGAAAUAUGAUGAGCGGCUCAUCUCUCAAAUUAAGAUGGUUACAAGGGUGAUGUUCCUGUACAUUCCUCUCCCCAUGUUCUGGGCCUUGUUUGAUCAGCAGGGCUCCAGAUGGACACUGCAAGCAACGACCAUGAGUGGGAAAAUUGGAAUCAUUGAGAUCCAGCCAGAUCAGAUGCAGACGGUGAACGCCAUCCUGAUUGUCAUCAUGGUCCCCAUCGUGGAUGCUGUGGUAUAUCCUCUGAUCGCAAAGUGUGGUUUAAAUUUCACCUCCUUGAAGAAGAUGACAGUUGGCAUGUUCCUGGCUUCCAUGGCUUUUGUGGCGGCUGCCAUCGUGCAGGUGGAGAUUGACAAAACUCUGCCCGUCUUCCCCAAAGGAAAUGAAGUCCAAAUCAAAGUCCUGAAUAUAGGAAAUAAUAACAUGACCAUGUCUUUUCCCGGAACGACAGUGACAUGUGGCCCGAUGUCUCAAACAAAAGAAUUUAUGACUUUCAACGUAGACAACCUAAGUGUAAACAUUUCUUCUACUGGAUCACCAGUCGCUCCAGUAACCCAUAACUUUGAGUCAGGCCAUCGCCAUACCCUUCUUGUUUGGGCCCCAAAUAACUACCAACUGGUAAAAGAUGGCCUUAACCAGAAGCCAGAAAAAGGGAGAAAUGGAAUCAGAUUCGUAAAUGCUUUUGGCGAGAGCUUCAAUGUCACAAUGGAUGGGGAAGUUUACAACAAUGUCUCCAGUCACAAAGCCAGUGAAUAUCUUUUUUUCUCUUCUGGCAUAAAGAGCUUCACAAUAAACUCACCAGAGAUUUCACAACAGUGUGCAAAUGAGUUCAAAACAUCCUACCUUGAAUUUGGUAGUGCAUUUACCUACGUAAUCACCAGGAAGAGUGAUGGCUGCCCCGAACCAAGGGCUUUCGAAGACAUCUCCCCCAACACAGUCAACAUGGCUCUGCAGAUCCCCCAGUACUUCCUCCUCACCUGUGGCGAGGUGGUUUUCUCCGUCACCGGAUUGGAGUUCUCCUAUUCUCAGGCUCCUUCCAACAUGAAGUCGGUACUUCAAGCAGGAUGGCUGUUGACCGUGGCUGUCGGCAACAUCAUCGUGCUUAUUGUGGCGGGAGCAGGCCAGUUCAGUGAACAGUGGGCUGAGUACGUUCUGUUUGCGGCACUGCUUCUGGUCGUCUGCGUAAUAUUUGCCAUCAUGGCGCGAUUCUAUACGUACAUCAACCCAGCAGAGAUUGAAGCUCAGUUUGAUAAGGAUGACAAGAAAGGUUACUUGGAAAAGAGUAACCCGUACACCAAGCUGGACUCCGUCUCACAGACACAAAUGUGAAUGUCCGGAGGCAAGCGAAGCUGGGGCUGGGCCCGGGGUGUGCCCAGGGGUCUGUCCCCUGGGGGCCAGACACUCUGCUGGGUGGCCUCUGAUGGGGAAGACUUCAGAACUGUGGACCAAACCAAGACAGCUGCUUUCUAAGCAGCCAGCAAUGAACCUGAAACUCCAAAAGAAGUCCUUUUGUUUGUUUGUUUUUAGAGAAGUCUUAUUUAAAGCGCACACACACCCACACACACUUUUAUAGCAGAGUCCAUACUCUGCCUUAACUCCUUUUCCUAACACACAAAUAAAGUUAUUUUGGACUAACUUGAAUUUUUGAAAUGGUGGCAAAGUUCCAUACUGUUUGCAUUGGUACACUCUGUGGAAACAAUGUUAAAUGAGGCAAAAAGUGAAUGGUUAGGCUUUUGAAUGGUGCGUAUUCGUAAGAAGGACCGGCUGGUAUUAACUGAUAACUCGACCUUCUGUUGUUAGUUGUUUUUCCAUUCCCUACCUCUUUGUAAAUUAUGUAUAACUCGAAAAACCACUCAGGUAAAGGCCAGCCAUGAUUUUUGGAGUUUCAACGGUAUGAAAUAAACUCUCAUUCUCAAGA